CAGCAAAUUCCCCUUCUGCCUUCCUCUGCUUUGUUUUCAUCGGAUGGCCAACCAAAAUUUAACACCGAGUAUCUGGAUUAACCUAUAAACUCUAAAAUACCCGAAGAUAUUUACGAGUAACACACGUUUUAUCUAUUUUUCUUUAUAAUUCCGUGUUAAAUAUCAUCAUAUAAGCCAAUUACAGCCGCUACAAUCAAACUUAAAAGACUCCGUUAAAACUCUGGAAAGGUUUUUUUUUUGUCGGCCCACAGAGUUAGUUUUACACAUGUGAGGCUGAGUUGUUGUUGCCUUUGCUUUACUGGUUGGAUGAAAACACUGAGAUUUAACCGUGCGAGGCUUUUCUGGACGUCAUGUUGAAAUCUAAAACCUUUAUUAAGAAGACCCGGUCGGGCGGGGUGAUGAAGAUAGUGCGUGAGCAUUAUCUGAGAGAUGAUAUUUGGUGUGGAAGUGAAGUCUGCGCAGACUGCAAACAGGAGUCCACGGUGCUGCAGGGAGACGCGUGUAUCGAGAGCAACCUGUGCGCCUAUCCACAUUAUCUGAUCCCCGACACGAAUGUGGUACUGCAUCAGAUUGACGUGCUGGAAGAUCCCGUGAUCCGCAACGUGAUCAUCCUUCAGACAGUGCUGCAGGAGGUCCGCCACCGCAGUGCACCGGUCUAUAAACGCCUGAAGGACAUCAUACAUGAGAAAGAGAAGCACUUUUACACCUUUACCAAUGAACACCACAGCGAGACGUUCGUUGAGCGUGAACCAGGGGAGAGCGCCAAUGACCGUAAUGAUCGUGCCAUCCGUGUCGCAACCAAAUGGUACAGCCAGCACCUGAAGACGUCCGCGCCUGAUGCAGAGGGGCUCAAGGUGGUCCUCCUUACCAAUGACAAUGGGAACAAGCAAAAGGCGGAGGAGAGCGGCCUGCUGGUGUACAAAUGUGAAGAAUACAUCAAGAGUCUGAUAGCGAACCCUGAGCUUGUGGAUUGUCUGGCUUUGUCCAAUGAUGACAAGAAUGAAGUCACCAGCAGUAAGGUGCUAUUCCCUGAGCAUCUCCCUUUGUCCAGGAUCCAAGCAGGAAUUAAGAGUGGCACCUUCCUCCAGGGCACCUUCAGGGCCAGCAGGGACAACUAUCUGGAGGCCACAGUCUUUGUCCAGGGAGAGGGGGAAGACACAACAGAGGUUCUCAUCCAGGGUCUUCAAAAUCUCAAUCGAGCAGUUCACCAGGAUGUAGUUGCAGUGCAGCUGUUGCCGCGUGAUCAGUGGGUGGCGCCCUCCUCGGUGGUGCUACAAGACGAAGGCACAGCAAAGGAUGAUGAUGCUGAAGAAGAAGAAGAAGAAGAGAAGGCUUUGCGGAUAUCUGCAGCUGAAGCAUCGAGGAAGCCCACAGCCAGAAUCGUAGGAAUCAUCAAACGGAGCUGGAGGCCCUUUUGCGGCAUGCUCAAUACCUCCCAGAUUAAAGAGUCUACCCGCCAUCUGUUCACCCCAGCAGACCGCCGUAUCCCUCGCAUACGCAUCGAAACACGUCAGGCAGCCACACUGGCAGGCCAGAGGAUCAUGGUGGCCAUCGACGGCUGGCCCAAACACUCCAGAUAUCCAAAUGGUCACUUUGUGCGCAGCCUGGGAGGUGCAGGUGACAAAGAGACUGAGCAGGAGGUUCUGCUUUUGGAGCAUGACGUCCCCCACCAGGCCUUCUCUCAGGCUGUGCUCAGUUUCCUUCCCAAGAUGCCGUGGUGCAUCACACCAGAGGACAUGAUGAAGAGAGAGGACCUGAGGCAUCUGACUGUGUGCAGUGUGGAUCCUCCAGGAUGUACAGACAUAGACGAUGCUCUUCACUGUAGAGAGCUGGACAAUGGAAACCUUGAGGUGGGGGUCCACAUCGCUGAUGUCAGUCACUUCAUCAGACCUGGCAACGCUAUGGACAAAGAGGCUGCAAACCGAGGCACCACUGUCUACCUGUGUGGCAAAAGGAUAGAUAUGGUUCCUGAGCUACUCAGCUCCAACCUUUGCUCUCUGCGCUCCAAUGUGGAAAGGCUGGCCUUCUCAUGUAUCUGGGAGAUUAACCACAAGGCUGAAAUUCUAAAGACCCGCUUCACAAAAAGUGUCAUAAACUCCAAGGCAUCUCUGACCUAUGCAGAGGCCCAGAUGAAGAUCGAUGACACCAGCAAAAACGAUGACAUCACCAAGAGCCUUCGCGGUCUCAACAAAAUAGCCAAAAUCCUCAAAAGGCACAGGAUAGAGAAAGGGGCUUUGACUCUGUCAUCCUUAGAGGUGCGUUUUCACAUAGACAGUGAAACCCACGACCCCAUUGACCUCCAGACCAAGGAACUCAUGGAGACAAACUCCAUGGUGGAGGAGUUCAUGUUGCUGGCAAAUAUUUCAGUGGCCCAGAAGAUCUAUGAUGAAUUUCCAGAUUGUGCUAUGCUGAGGAAACAUCCGGCACCACCCCCAUCAAACUACGACAUCCUGCUCAAAGCUGCAAAGUCCAAGGAAGUGGAGAUCCACACAGAUUCAGCGAAGGCACUGGCCGACUCCCUUGACAUGGCCAGAGUGGACGGCUUUCCGUACUUUAACACGUUACUGCGCAUCCUGGCCACUCGCUGCAUGAUGCAGGCGGUUUAUUUUUGUUCCGGCAUGGACAGCGACUUCCACCACUACGGCCUCGCCUCGCCCAUUUAUACACACUUCACGUCACCUAUCAGAAGGUACGCUGAUAUAAUAGUACACCGCCUGCUGGCAGUGGCCAUCGGAGCAGACAGCACCUAUCCAGAUUUGAUGGACAAACAGAAACAGUCAGCCCUCUCCAACAACCUCAACUACAGGCAUAAAAUGUCUCAGUAUGCACAGAGGGCGUCUGUGGCCUUCCACACACAGUUGUUCUUCAAGAGCAGAGGCAUACUGAACGAAGAGGGAUUUGUUCUGUUUGUGAGGAAGAACGCAAUCAUCGUGCUCAUCCCGAAGUUUGGCCUGGAGGGAACGGUCUUCUUUGACAAAAAAGACAAGGCUGCCCCAAACCUCGUUUUUGAUGAAGAGGGUCCCAGUCUGAAGGUGGAGCAGCACACCUUCCACAUAUUUGACAGGGUGAAGGUCACCAUCAGCCUGGACGAUUCUAACAUUCAGCACCAGAAGAUCCGCAUGUCUCUGAUUGACCCAGUGAUUCCUGGUGUGAGCGUUCCAGUCCCAGAUGUUGAACCUCAGGCAAAGAAACCCAAACUGGACCGUUGACACAGAAAGCAGCUGAUCAACAAAUGAAAAAGUCUAGAAGAGAACAAGAUCGGACUGUUGGAUUUUUUUUUUUUUUUAAAUCUACAACAGUAAAUCUGCAUCACAUGCAACAAUUUCUUCUUCUAAUCAUUUAAUAUGUUUUAAAACCUUUGUUACAUGUUUUAUGAAUUCAAUGUAAAUUGUCCAAUACCAGUUUAGAUGUGGACUCUUAUCAUUAAACUGUUUUAAACCUG